AGGCAGUGCUGUAACGGUCUGGCCGCACAGUGAGCAGUUGGUCGCUGGGGGGAAUCACAACGUGGGCUCAUACAGGGAAUUAUAGGUCGUUUAUAGCCACCGGGAAUAAGCUGCAGAAAUGGCAUCUGAAGCACUGAAGGUGAGCAGAGAGAGAGAGAGAGACCCUGAUACUGAAUUGUUAUUGGGGGUCUUCUCCCCCUGUGUCUUUAUCAUUAUGGAUUGUUAGCAAAAAAAAAAUCAUAAUUAAAAUUUUUAGUCCCAAGUAGCCGAUUUGAAAAGUUGGGUGACUUGAUGAAAAUGUGGGUGACUCCAAUUCUGUUAUUUUAGCCUAUUAAUUAAAAUUCACCCUUUAGUAUACAUCCCUCUGGCACAGAAAUAAUGCAAUGUAUUAACAUGCGAUACUUAUUGUCAAGUGAUCUGUUUUUUUUUUUUUGCUUUGCUACUUUAAGGCUGGCAAUGCAUGGUGGGCAGCUGAAUAUCUACAGCAUGUUUAAAAUGUAUAUUUCACGUUUACCAGCAUCUGCAUCUAGCCUUAGAGGGAUCUGAUUUCUAAACUUUUAAGUCUUUAUUAAAAUUGCUAGUCCUAUGUGACUUGUUAAUUUUGUAAUCCGUAUGUUGUAGGAAAUGUGCCAUGGGCUGUGUUUACUUUUGUAUUGGUAGAGGAAAUAAAGGUUUGCAAGGCUUAUGAGCAAAAAACCACUAUCCCCACCUCCUGGUUAUAAAGGAAUAUGGCAAAAAGACCUCUUCCUGUUUGUAAUCACUCUGUAAAUUUAAAUGUGAAAUCUUCAGAUAAGAUCAGGCUUCAGUAACUGUUAUCAACUGUUACACCCUGAUGUAUAUUUUCAUUAAGAGAGAUCUGCUUGUAUAGAACAUGCAUUGUCUAUAAUUUGUUUAACAGACAGUGGACAUCCAUGUGACUCUGAAAAAUACUCUAACUCUUAAGACGUUGUUUUCUAAUGUGUAAUAUAAUCUUGCUAUCAGUUUGUUUAAAAGUUCUAUAAAGAUUAUGGGGAUGGAUUUAAAUGAUAGGAGUGGUUUGAGAUGUGGUGUUUAUAAGUUUCAAUCAUCUUACUUUUUUAAAGUUGCCUUCUUUAGUGGGUUAGUCUGUAGCUAGAGUCACACAUCCUCUGCACUAGGAAGGGUCUAUACAAUCUGUGUACAAAGCAAAAUUGUUAAAUGAGAAGCUAUGGAUUUGUACGUAAAGGGUCACUAAAGUUUACUUUAUCUGUGAAGUGGUUCUGUUAUUUUAACCUCUAAUGGUAAAACAUUGCCAUUAUGAAGAAAGGGCAAUGUUUAUGUUGAAGGGUUAGAGUGACGCUGUCACCACCUUCUGCAAAAUGAGUGUUUAAAAAAGAUAAACUCUUUAUGAAGUACUCAUAUUGACUGUUUUGCAAUUUGAAAGUCCAGAUCAGUCGAGAUAUAGAGACAAAGUAGGGAAUACUUUGAGUAUUUUUGUUACACCUGACAUUUCUUGAACCUGGGCGAAGCUACCGCCGUCAAGGACAACAGUCAAUCCCCCAGUCGUCACAGACUGCUGCAGGGUAUUGGCUCUGUCUAUGGAGGGUCUCACGGUACCCUCUUUAAACCUCAAUGCUGUACUCCCCUUGCUGCUCAAGGAUACUGCAGUUACAUUGCUAUUGGCAGAAUAGGACUGGCCGGGGAGACAGCGACGCCUGCAAGGGACAGAUUCAGUUGGGUUAACCUCGUCUUUGUCUGCCCCCAGUAGCGAUAUCACCAUUGGAGGGUCUUUGCAAAUCCUACUGUGACAGUGCUGCUUUAAACACAACUCUUGUGGAUGUCAUACUGACAGCCCCUAGAAGUGCUUCUGCUGCACUGACAUUAAAAGUGUUACGCAAAAGCUUGUAGGAAAGUAUUGUAUUUAUUGCUUUCCUAUGAGUAUUGGCUGAAUUCAGCGCUCUCCUCACAUGCUCCUCAGGUUCUCAAUGCUCCUCUGAGGAUCAUUGGUUUGAACAAUCGCUGGAGGAGGCCAUGUCACAGGAGGGUGGGCAGUUGAGUAGAGUUAAAGAGUCUUGGCACUGGUAAAAGGUGCAUGAAACCUUUAUUUUGCUAAAGGGGGAGUAGGGGGGCCGGGCACACUAUGGUGUUCAGAAUACAGGUCUGUGUUCCUAACGCUAUAUAGUGUUCCUUUAUGUUGGCCUGAUGCGGUCACCUGUAAGUGCCAACGUUCCUAAAUCUUCAACCCCUGUCACUUUAUCCGCCAGGAGCCCAUGUCAGUGCAACACUCAUGUCUAUGGACAAUGGAUUGUCCAUAGACAGAUAAAGUGUGUGUGUAUAUGUAUGUAUGUGUGUGUGUGUGUGUGUGUGUAUAUAUAUAUAUAUAUAUAUAUAUAUAUAUAUAUUCUGUAUAUGUAUGUGUAUAUAUAUAUAUAUAUUCAUAUUCGUGAUAAGCUAGACAAUGUCUUGGGCUAUUGCUGUCAAGUGACAUUUGACAGCAGAAGCCCUACCUUUUGUGAACUUGAGUAUUAAUCAUAAGACAAAAUAGCCCCUCCUUGUCUUAUAUCUUUAUAAAAUGCUGAGAUUUAGAGAGGUGGGGCUUAUAGAGCCACUUUAUAAUCAGUUGACUUGGCAGCUUUACUUGUUUGUCUUUUUCUGUCAAGAGUUGAUAUGUGAAAGCAACCCUCCAAGCACCAAAACCACUACAAACCAUGCAGGGCCAUCACUCUCAGCCAAUGAGCUAAGCCUGGCUCUCAGGAUGUGACCGGCUGUUCUGGUUAUGGUGCUUGGAGUGUUCCUUUUAAAUUUGAGGAAUUUGUUUUUUUGUAUUUACUCAAAAAUCUGGUUUACAGUGUCUGUUGAUUUCUGCAAUUAUCCUUACUAUUUUACGUUCUUUCGUUUCAGCCACUUGAGAACCAGUCUUUGGAAAACAUAAAGAAAAGUGAUGGCAAGAGACUUUCUAUUGAGAGGGUCUAUCAAAAGAAGACUCAGCUGGAGCACAUAUUGCUCCGUCCAGAUACCUACAUUGGUUCUGUAGAGCCAGUUACUCAGGUAACGAAUUCACCAUAAAUGUGUAACUAUAACUCCCUUAGAGAGUAAUUGUGAUUGGACACUUUUUUAAAUUUUUCUCCUUUGAAACAUAAUAUACAAUUGAUAAACUUUAAAGUCCCACUGCAUGUGCCAUAACAUCUAUGAAAUUAAGUUGGUUUCAGGAGGUCCCUGGCACUUCCUUAAACAUAAGAUGUACAUACCUUUUUUGGAAGAAUAAGAAGCAGCCGAUUGUCUUAGAGCAUCAGCUGAUCUCCCAGCCAAUAAGUGGCACCCCUGCCUGUUGACAAUCACUGCUUCCUGGAUCUGAAUUUCAGUAACUGGAUAUUGUUGUGUGGACAGUGAGGAGUUCUGGUGCCCAGAGUGUUCCUUUGAAGAUUUUUGACAUGUCCAAUGAUCUGUUUACGUCCAAAGCUGACUAUAUUUAGAGUAUCAGUCAUUUUACUGUUCACUAAUCCUGAUCUUAUUUUACUUCUUUUAUUUUUUUUAUCUUUCAGCAAAUGUGGGUAUUUGAUGAAGGGGAAGGACUGGUCUGCAGAGACAUUACAUUUGUCCCUGGCUUGUAUAAAAUCUUUGAUGAAAUUUUGGGUUAGUAUAUUCAGUAUCCAUAGAAAAAUUCUUCUUUGCACUCCUUCUCACGUACAAAUAUAUUUGCUUAUGUUGCAGCAUUAUUGUGCAGGACUCAUAGCAUGAAUCUGCUGAUAAAUUAAUAUGCACAUAUGCUUACGCUUGCUGACAUGGCGGUCAGUUUUUUGUUGUUGGCAUCUGAAGCCCAUCAAAUAAAUGUCAAUUUUCUGUCACUGCAGUAAAUGCCGCAGAUAACAAGCAAAGGGACUCGAAGAUGUCUUGCAUCAAAAUCACAAUUGAUCCGUAAGUAACUAAAGUUUUGUACGCUUGUGCUCUGCACCCUGAAAUAGUGUAAUCUUAUCCAGCCCUAAGUGAUGCCCUGCUUUAUUUAUUUAAACAGUGAGAAUAAUAAAAUCAGCGUGUGGAAUAACGGGAAAGGUAUUCCCGUUGUGGAGCACAAGGUGGAGAAAGUCUAUGUUCCUGCCCUUAUUUUUGGACAGCUGUUGACUUCCAGUAACUAUGAUGAUGACCAGAAGAAAGUAACAGGUAUGUUAUCAGCUGGUUUUAUCUGAUGUGAACUUAAUUUUAAUGGACCCAGAGAUGCAGGCUACAAUAUAUUUACAUUUUUCUCCUCUCCUUCCUAGGUGGGCGUAAUGGUUAUGGUGCCAAACUGUGUAACAUUUUCAGUACCAAGUUUACAGUGGAAACUGCUUGCAAAGAGUACAAGAAAGUGUUUAAACAGGUGCGUUUUCUAAACACACACACACACACAAAUAUAUAUUUAUGUUCUUUUUAAUUACAGAAGAUGCAUGCUAGCGUAACGGCCAACUAUAUACCUUGGCAAGUUUCUUGUAGGACUCAUUAAUGUUUGAACACACUUGCCUUAACCACUGAGUUUUUCUAUUUUUACUUUUUGAUCUUGUGCAAGUUAAUGUUGUAUCGCUAAGAUAGUUUGCUCAAUUCUCCGAUUGUAGAAGUCCACCUUAUAUUUCUAGUAUUUAUGAAAAGGGUGUUAAGUGACACUUUAAUGCAUUACCUACAUGUGUAUCUAGCUAAUAGCAUGUGACUUAAUUCAUAAUAUGAGUUUAUAAUAAAAAAGGUAUUGUGUGAAAAAUGUAGCACAACCAGUAGAUUUUAGUCUAUUAGUAUUGAGUACAAACAAGGGUGUAAUGCAAAAAAAAUCAUAGUUUGGAAAAAGGUGUGUGGGGUGUCUCUCUUAUCUUUUGAAGACUUUAAUUUCUGAAAACUGUAUUCUUUUAAUAGUCCUGGUCUGACAACAUGUCAAAAGCUGGUGAGUCAAAGAUCAAAGCUUUCGAUGGAGAAGAUUACACCUGUAUCACUUUCCAACCAGAUCUGAGCAAAUUCAAGAUGGAGAUUUUGGACAAGGAUAUUGUUGCCUUAAUGUCUCGAAGAGCUUAUGACGUUGCUGGAUCUAGCAAGGGUGUGAAGGUCUUUCUGAAUGGGAACAGACUUCCUGUAAGUGAUAGGAGUAAGGAAUUCCAACUCUACCUCCUCAUAUUCGAAUGGUGGAGUGCAGCAUUGCCACAAAUACUUUAGGUUUGCCAUAGGUUUUGAUUUUAACACUAAUAUAAGCCUACAUAUCUAUAGUAUCUCACAAAAAUGAGUACACCCUCACAUUUUUGUAAAUGUUUUAUUAUAUCGUUUCUUGUGUUUACACUCCAUACCCCGUUCCCAAAAUGACAAUAGCCGCUCUCUCUCCCCGCCCCCUAUUUCGGCAUGGGGUUCCAUGACAUGAAUGUGCUACAAUAGAAGGCCCCAGUAAUUACCUUGACACAGUUGCUUCUUUUCAAUUGGCCUUUCUCAGUGCACUGCAGAACUAUUUUUUAUUUAUUUUUUUAAAAAAUUUUUUAGCAGGUAUGAGCUGUGUAUUUUGUGGAUGGGCCUUACUCUGAUUUGUACAAAUAUAAAAUUUUAUUUUUUCUUCUUUUUUUUUUUUUUUGCUUACUAGGUGUCUGGUUUCCGUAGCUAUGUGGAUAUGUACACCAAGGAUAAGUUGGAUGAAACAGGGAACCCUUUGAAAAUUCUACAUGAGGUUGUGAACGAUCGCUGGGAAGUGUGUUUGAGCAUGAGUGAAAAAGGCUUCCAGCAAAUCAGCUUUGUCAACAGCAUUGCUACCACCAAAGUAAGUUUCUUGGUUUCUAUAAAUGUUAAACUUUUCUGCCAGCCUGCGUGUUGUCUGGAAACUACAUGGAGCAUUCAGGUCAACAGUGCAUGGGCUACUAGCACUGUGCUCCUCCGAUUUAAAUGGCGGUUAACUUGUGAGGACACCGCUAACUCUGUUCUCACAAUGAAAGCACCUACAGUAACUAUCAGGACCACAACCACAAGAGGUGUAUCUGACUCUGCAAUGUACGCAUAUCUGCUAAAACUAAAGGACUACUGCACAUACAACUUCGUUGAGAUAUGAAGUUGUCUAGCUGCUUUUAGUGGCUCCUUAACACUUGGUAUAAUCCAUGUGCUUUCUUAUGUUUAGUCUAACUUACGAAGAAUAUUCACACACAAACUGUGGUUUGGAGAGCUAAAUAACUGUUAUGAUGGUUUUGAUGUGCUUCUAGUCUGUGUAGAAUUUAGUCCUCCAGCAGAGAGAGAAUUCACGAUGCAUGUUUUGUUCCUACUGUAUAAUAGUUGUAUUUAUUUAUGUAUGUAUUUUCCCUACAGGGUGGUAGACACGUUGACUAUGUUGCUGAUCAGAUUGUAACCAAACUUAUUGAGGUUGUGAAAAAGAAGAAUAAGGGUGGUAUCAGUGUGAAGCCUUUCCAGGUAUGUAAUUCUCCUGUCAAAUGGUCAUUAAUAUCUACAAUGAAGCCAUUUAGCCAAUAUGGUGCCAGAUCUUUAACUGUUAUUUUUUUUGAGCAAUACAGGUCAGAAACUCUUUUAGGGUAUAGUCCCAAUUUGAACUACAGAAUAUAAAGUUUUACUUGCCAUACUAUGCAUACUAAACUCUGUGCAAUUGGCAAUAUCCUGAAUUCUAUAUGCAUAUUUUACAAUCCCAGAUCCGGUUUAUUUUAAAUUCAUUGUAUACAAGUAAAAUGACAGAAUCUCUGCUUAAUAGCUGGUCAUGUGUAAUUAAGAAAAACCUCCAGGUUCUGCUGUUUUAAAAUCUUAAUACCAUUUUAGAACAGCUAUAUUAAUCUGGCCACAAUAAACUGCCCACACUAAAUUCACUGUAGUAGCAGUGCAUUUUCCAGUGGAGUGGGGACUCUUCCUACACUUUGUAGAGUAUAAGGUAUGGUGUGUUUAAUUUUACAACUGGCAAAAAUCUAUCUGAGCUGAUAUAACAAUUGGGUGAUUUGCCACUGUGAAAAAGACAAAGAACCUUGCACUAAUUAUAUGUUUUUUUUUUUUUUUUUACCCACAGAUUAAGAAUCACAUGUGGAUCUUCGUUAAUGCCUUGAUUGAGAAUCCAACAUUUGACUCUCAGACAAAGGAGAACAUGACUUUGCAGUCAAAAAGCUUUGGGUCUAAAUGCACAUUGUCUGAGAAAUUUUUUAAAGCUGUGAGUAUCUUUUGACAACUGUCACAGACUGUAUAUUACAUUUAUUGUUCCAUUUGGGCAAGGAAAAAUAUCAAAUUGGUUUGCUUUAAACUGAGCAUGUCACAACAGGUACACAAUUGCUGGCAUUGCCUUCAGCAAUCAAUUGAAUAUAUAUAUUUAUAUUUUUAUUUAAUUUUUUUGUCAUGAUGGUGGUGGUUCCUUUCUAAUUAUCCCAAGCUGGACCACUGAAGCAAUUGUGGUGUAUUUUUGUUGAUGUCUAAUUAGCACUGCAACUCACAUGUUGUGAAUUACUUCUACCUUAGGCAAGCUCGUGUGGAAUUGUUGAAAGCAUCUUGAACUGGGUUAAGUUCAAAGCACAGACUAUGCUGAAUAAGAAAUGUUCUGCAGUGAAGCACACUAAGAUCAAGGGAGUUCCAAAACUGGAUGAUGCAAACGAUGCAGGUAAUUGAUCCCCUAGAUUUGGAGUCCUUGUCGUUCUUCCGACUUCUUUUUAGAACUUUGGUGUCAACAUUUUGGGAAAAGAUGCUGCAAUUACUGUUUAUAUAGCGCACAACCUGUUUUUUUUUUGGUUGUUUUUUUAAAUCACACUUUUACAAUUUAUUUUUUUGCAGGUAGCAAGCACUCCUUGGCUUGUACAUUGAUCCUUACAGAAGGGGACUCGGCCAAGACAUUGGCUGUGUCUGGCCUUGGUGUGGUUGGUAGAGACCGGUAUGGAGUGUUCCCACUUAGAGGCAAACUGCUCAACGUUCGAGAAGCUUCACACAAACAGGUAGGUUAUCUGUAAAUUGGCGUGUUACUAGUGAAAUAAAGAACUGUCAAUCAAAAUGAUGGCUUUUUUCUUUGUGCAGUAAGAAGCAAGCACAUUUUCUUCAAUUCUGUUUUAAUAUUGUAAUCGUUUAGUUUAAUAGGCUUAAAAUUUGCAUUAGAAAAUUCUCAUAAUCCCAUACUUCAGUGAAACGGUCAGCAAUAAUGCAUUCAUUAGGAUUGUAAGUUGCCCACGUUAUGUUCUCACUAAGUUAGGCUCCUUUGGAUAACACGUGUGAACUGCAGAGAUUUAGGCAUUUUAUAUUGUCAGGCUUGUGAUCGCAUAUUGCAUGUUUUCAGUAACCAGAUCUUGCACGCAGGGUCCCUGUUGAAGGUUUACUGUUAGGAGCAUGCUGCAGAAAUAAGGAAUUCUGGGAACAUUAAAUAUAAAAUCCAAAUCUUAGUCAAAAAGCACCCGAAGCAGGGUGAUGAGCACCAUUCUCUUUCAGAGAGCAUUUUAGAUGCGGUAUAGCUGCUAAAAUGUCUUAUAACUAAAUCCCUAAUAAGCUUUGGAAGUUGUAUCCAUGUGCUAGCAAAGCAUUAUGGGAUUUGCAGUUACCUGGCUAUCAUGGCUUGAGAUGCUAUAGGAUUCCAGUGAUUUGUUGAUUGUAGUUUACAUAGCUUGUUCUUGUUUUGUCUUGCAGAUUAUGGAGAAUGCAGAAAUAAACAACGUCAUUAAGAUCAUGGGGCUGCAGUACAAGAAGAACUACGAGGAUAUGGAAAGUUUGAAGACUCUUCGUUACGGAAAGAUCAUGAUUAUGACAGAUCAGGUGUGACUUUAUGGGGAAAAAAACCUGCUUUGUGGUCCUCUGUUAAGAGUUCUUUCACAUAGGCAUAGCUGGGGGAAUCAUACAUAUAUAAUGUUGUUGUUAGAUUAACAGGUCUAUUAAAUUCUGUACUAAAUUACUGUAUCUAGACUCUGUUCCAUUAACCCUAUGCCUUCUCCAUGCUCAGGGGUAAGAAACCUCUGGCAUCUUAAGACACAAAAUGCAAACUGAAAGAUCAAACUGGUGAAAAUGGAACCUUCUCUUGCUCCAUUUUGACUGUUAGACUCAUUGCAAAUGUUCAGAGGUCCUAGCAUUGCUGCGCCAAAGACUCUCUCCACUAUGAGUGUGUGCUAAAGGGCUACUCUGAGCACCAUAACCACUACAGACCACUAGUGGUUGUCAUACUAGAAAUACAGUGCUGCCAUUCCCUGCUAAAGGCAAAAUGGUUUUGUAAUUUCUCUUGCCUGGUUGCCAUCGGGCAACAAGGCUCCUUUCUAAUAUUGCCAUGGUUCUGCAGAAUUGACAUUCGUUAGACUGGAUAAUGACACUGGCAGAGACGUGGUUACAUCUCUGGCAGCAAUAUAAAAUGUUUCACGCUGAAACACUGCACUGAGGUGGUCAUUGUCCAUGGAAUAAUCUUGGCAUAAUUGGCAAAGAUCCUCGACAUGGACAUCGCUGAGGAGAGGUUCUCAGGUGCUCUAGCUGCAGGGAGUUAGCGCCUGAACGGUACUCUUGUGCACGCGUGAGUGUAUAGCAUUGAGAUUUUCCCGCACGACCUCCAAAGAAAGCGAAUUUCCCUCGAGUCAUCACUGGUUGCAGCAGGGAGCUAUCAUAAGGCUUGAAAGUGGUAGCUCUGGCUUGUGUCAAGCUUUGUUUGACGGAGGAACAAUACUCGAACAUUGUCCCUACUUUCUGUCAGUAAAUCUUUUGACUUGGUUGGUAUUUGUGUUAAAUUCCAACAUGGCCAAUCUGAUUAUUUUUCAUAAAGAUUCUAUCUUUAUUAAAUACUCAUUUUGGAGUGAGGUUGUAAGUACCACUUUAAGGCGUACAUGGGUAUAGAGGCCUUUCAGCUGCUUCCCCCAGCCCUCUCUUAUUGCUUUACUCUAUCCAUAUACCUUCAGUCUAAUUUUAACAUGUCUUUAUAUGACUGUCUACUUUUCAGAAGCCCUUCCUCACUAGUUCUCACUCUUUAUGUGGAAGUUAGUGAUUCAUUCCUACAGGAAAAUCUUUUACUUUUUGCUACAGUAUUAAUGUUCGUUUUGUUGAUUAGUUAUUCACUAAAGUGUUGAUUUCCAUUUUAAGGUAAAUAUCGCCCAACUGGAAAAAUAUUCUAAAUCCGCAAUGCUGUCAGUUCCGCUACUCUGGCUUUAAUUUGAUAUUCACUUUGAAUUCUCACCUUAGUAAAUGGCACCCGGUAGUUGCCAAUCUGCAAUUAAUGUUGAAUUUAUUUUGAACUUUUAGGAUCAAGAUGGCUCCCAUAUCAAAGGAUUGCUGAUCAACUUCAUCCAUCAUAACUGGCCUUCUUUGCUCAAGCAUCAGUUUUUGGAGGAGUUUAUCACCCCCAUUAUCAAGGUGCGUACCAUCCAUACCCUUAAAACACCAGAGAUUUAACAUAGUCUUGACGUUUAAAGGGCUUAUAUAAUGCUAAACUCUUAUCCCAUAGGUCACCAAAAACAAGCAGGAGCUCUCAUUCUACAGUAUCCCUGAAUUUGAGGAUUGGAAGAACAACACAGACGGUCACAAAAGCUGGAAAAUAAAGUACUACAAAGGUUUGUUAUAAAACCCUGUGUGGUAGUGCCCUACCAGGCAAGUGACAACCAUUUUAUAUUUACAAACCUCUGGUGAUGGAAUUGUUCACAUUGCUGGUGUAGGUUAUUAUGCACUUUCUUCACGCGGCAACAAUGUUUUAACUUUGCAAUGUUUUGUCCUCACAAGACUUUAAACGGUUCUUUUGUUAAAGGGGCAACUGUCAUUACAUUUUCACUUAUUUUGUUCUUUUUACACUUCAAUUUUAAAUAAAUUAAGAAUGUUACUUGGUGUUGAGUCACAGGUUUAUGACCAACCAACUGCUGCUCAACUUAACUUGUCUGCUACUGCGACUUGCUCUGCAUGAACCUGCAGCUGCUUGAUGUUAUGUUGAACAACAAAAAAUCAUUACAUUUGAAUGUAAAACAUUUUUAAUCAAAAGUUGAAAAUGUGAGUGUUGUCCUGUAAUUUCUUGCAUCCAGUAUAUGCAAUUAAGAAAGUUACAACUGUUGUAUUCCCAUUCAUUCUACGCUGGAAAUGUUGUUUCUGCAUUAACAUUGCAUCUGCUGGUUGCAUGCACCUCUAUAUUGUGAAGUUUGGUUUCUGAGCUGCCUUUUUUAUUGAUCUGCUUUUGUAAAGUAGCAAAUGGAGGUUUUCGUCUCCUUCCAUUCCUGUUGAUUGAAUUAUUUUUGGGUUAAAACUUAAUUGAAUCAUCGAUGUGCAUCUCUUCGAGUUCAGAACAUUUUACAAGAUAGCAUUUAUUUUUUCUUCUGACACUGAUUGCACCACUGCAGAUGAACUAGCCAUCAGUCUGCAUUUAGGACCCAAAGCCAUUGAUGACACUUGUUUUAACAUUCCUGACACUUGAUGAACAGGAAAUGGUGCCCAUAAUCUUGAUAAAGAGCCCAGGGCUAUGAUUCUUGCUUAUGAUUUCUAGGGUUAUACACAACAUUUAAGAUUUCAAAGUACGUAAUUCCUAUAAAGUGUAUUUGGAUGAUGCAUAUGAAGGCUCUUUGAGACAUGAAUCGGUUUGGGGAUCAAACCUGUAACUGUAAAAUUUCACACAUGUCCAAAGUUGGUUUGCAAAAAAGUGCAUUGCUUACAAAGUCCAUGACGAUACAAAGGAUCCCUCUGGCUUCUGUUUUUAACUGGAGUGACUUGUAGGUUAACUCCUGAGACAGGCCAUCAUUGUAUUUUUUUGCUCUUGAACUCAGGCAGUGUCCCUACAUAUCUUGGCCACAGUACAAACCUUCUAAUAGAGUAAGUAAUCCAGGUGACUUUACCGUAGUCUUCUAUAAUAUGAGAAGGAGUAAGAACACGUUCAAUAAAAAGUAUUAGUGUGAAUGUGUUUUUUUUUUUUAAAUGCAAAUUUUUUAUUGAUUUCCAAGUAUAUGGGGUACAGAAAAGAGAAGGGAGUUAUAAGGAUAACAAUGGGGGAAAGCAGACAAUAUGGACUGUUACAAGGUUUGUUAUCAAGUUUUUCGACAGUGACAUUUAGGGUUUCGCAGGCGGCUGUGUCCACAAUAACAAUAUACCUGAUAUACACAUACUUAAGGUUGCUUAGUAUAGUUUUACACUCACGUAUUGUUUACCCUUGUUGGGUGUUUGUGGGCAAAGCAGUCUGGUGCGGGAGGAUAAAGGUUGGUUCUGUGAGCACGGUGUUGCGUGCUGGUACAGUCUGUCAGGCCAUAUUUAACGGUCUCAAGGUGGAUUUUGGUGAUUUGUGGCUUGGUCGUAUAAACAUGUCCACUGUUUCCAUGUUGAAUGGAACUGUUGUGAUUCUAUACUAUGGGUCAUCGUCAUUCGUUCAUAGACAUGGUAUUGUUGAAUCUUGUCCCAUAGUUGUGUUUUAGAUGGACAUAGGUGCGACUUCCAGUUCUUCGCUAGAAGGUUCCUGGCCGCCAGUAUCGUGAUGGCGCACACCUGUCUGUGUUCUCUAGCUAGGUCACUGGGGAGCAGAAGCAUGAGGUAUGUUUGCGGGCUUGGCAAUAGGUUUGUCACGCCCAAUUUAUACAGCAAUCUCCUAACCUCUGUCCAGAGGGGUUGUAUCACUGGACAUGUCCACCAUAUGUGGAGGAAUGUACCGGUGUCCCUUGAACACCUCCAGCAUGUCGGUGUGACACUGGGGUAUAUUUUAUGUAACCGACUUGGCGUCAUGUACCACCUAUACAGUAGCUUCCUAUGCGCUUCUAUGUGUGUGUAACAUCUAGUGAGUUUUGAGAGGCUAUUUAUUGCUCUGACCCAGUCGUCCUCUGAGAGUUGAAGGGAGCAGUCCUCCUCCCAUUUAGUCUUACAGAGCGGGGUGUGUUGUGGUAAUGUGGUCUCCCACAUUUUGUAACAGAGGGAGAUGGCUUUUGGUUUAUUUGGUGCGGCCCAGCAUCUGUCUAAAAUCCCGCCCGCCACUAGUGAUUGCUCCCGAGUGUUGUUGUGUAGGUUCACAUGAGUCAGUAUGGUCCCUUUGAGUCUUAGGUAGGUAAAUACCUCCCUCAUCGGUAGGUGCCAUUUGGCCUGUAUAUCCGCGAAUGCUAUUACGCCUUUAUUGUCUACUAGGUGCUGGAUGUUGGUGAUUCCUGCCUUAGUCCACCUUGUUAGAGGGAGAUCGGGGGAUGCGGUUCUUAGGGCAGUCAGUGGUGCCCGGGGAUGGAAGGAAAGUUUGCACCCCAUUGUGGCCAUAAACGUGUCCCAUGUACGAAGUGUCAGAGACGUUGAGUGAAAUAGGUCUAGUUUGGGGACCCGUAGGUGUUUAGGCGUCCAUAGGACAUCAACUAUAUUUAGUGUUUUUAGUUGGGCGUUUUCCAUGUCUACCCAGCUGAUGUCCCCUUUAGGAGAGUGUAACGUUAUGCCGGCUGUUAGCGCCGCGGCUUUAUAGUAUUGGUUAAUGUUUGGUAGACCCACUCCUCCUUGUUUGACCUGAGUGUACAAAAGUCUGUGAGGGAUCCUGGGCUUUUUAUUGUCCCAUAUAAAGGUGUUGCACGUGUGUUGUAUGCUCUUAAGCAGAGGUUGUGGUACCGUGAGAGGUAGCAUACGGAAAACAUAAAGAAUUUUGGGUAAUAUAGACAUUUUGAAAGCGUUAAUCCUUCCUAGCCAGGAUAGGUGUACAUGUUUCCAUUUUAGGGUGUCCGCCUUGCACAUGUGUGGUAAGGGUAGGUAAUUUAAUUUUACGAUUUUUGCUAUGGAAGUUGCGAUUUUGACCCCUAGGUAUGUGAGGGAUGAGAGUCUCCAGUCAAAUUGGUGUUGUCGUUGUAGUGUCUGCGUGCGUUCUAAGGGUAAGUUAACCGUCAGUGCCUGAGUUUUAUCUUGGUUAAGUUUAUAGUGGGAAACUAAGCCAAAGUCGUUAAGUGUGUUCAUAAGGUGUGGCAAUGACUUCUCUGGGUCUGUUAAUGACACCAAGACGUCAUCGGCAAACAGUGCCAGUUUGUGUUCCUGGCCUGUCACUGUUACUCCUCUUAUGUCAGGGUUCGUACGGAUCUUUAACGCCAGAGGUUCCAGCGAGAGAAUGUAGAGGAGGGGGGACAAGGGGCAACCUUGGCGCGUCCCAUUAGUAAUAGAGAAUUUGUCAGACGUAAAGCCUCCGUUGGAGACCCUCGCCGCUGGUGCGCUAUACAGCGCCGCUAUCCCUCUAAUCAUUUCGGGCGGAAAUCUGUACCUCCUCAGGACUUCAGACAUGUACUUCCAAUUGAGGCGGUCGAAUGCCUUCUCCGCGUCUAGCGCCAAGAGAAGGCCCCCUGUGUUGUUUUUUUCCAUAUGUGUCAGUAUGUUGAGGAUUCGUCUGGUGUUAUCUGAGCCCUGCCGUCCUCUGACAAACCCUGACUGGUCGUUAUGCACUAAGUUUCUGAGGAGUGGUGCUAUUCUGUUGCUAAGGAUCUUGGCGUAGAUUUUAGCAUCCCCAUUUAGUAAGGAGAUGGGUCUGAAAUUUUUACAGUGUGUCGGUGGUUUUCCUGGCUUGGGGAGGGUGGAUAUGUGUGCUAGAAGUACUUCAGCCGGUAGGGCUCCUCUGUCAUUACUCUGUCUGUAUAGUUUCAACAAGUACGGGGAGAGGGUAUUUGCAAAUAGUUUGUAAUAGGCAUUGGUGAGACCGUCUGGUCCAGGUGAUUUGUCAGCGGGUAAGUCUUUGAUCACCGAAGUGAUCUCUUCUAAGGAGAUAGGCUGUCGUAGUGAUUGUAUUGCGGUCGGUGUCAGGGCGGGCAAGCAGAGGUCUUGUAGGAAUCCGUCUAUGUCCGCUACAGUUGGGACCUUAGUGGUACCCUCUUCACUUAAAUUGUAUAGCUGACGAUAGUAAUUUGCAAACAUAUUAACAAUAUCUCGUGGGUCAAUAGUUUUGUGACCUUUUCCAUCGGUGAGGUAGGCAAUCCUGGAGGCGAUCAUUUUUUGUUUUAAUUGCGCCGCUAGCUUAGCGCCUGCUUUAUUCCCUGCCGCGAAGAAUUUGUGUUUUGAUUUUCGUAAGAGGUAGGUUGUUUUGGUUAACUCUAUAUCUCGUAAUUGUGUUUGCAGGCUCAAGAGUUUUCGUUGUGUCUCAGGGGUGGGUGCAUGUUUGUUGUUGUGUGUGGUGUGUUUGAUCUCACUGAUAAGGGCUAAGUAUUGUGCUCUUUGUGUCUUGUAGGCAUGGCUGGCAUGUUUUAUGAAGCUGCCUCUAAUGACCGCCUUGUGUGCUAGCCAGACAUAAUCCGGAUCAGUGUUGUGCUUAUCAUUGUCCUCGAAGUAGUUUUGUAGGUCCUGUGUGACUUCCUGGACUAUGUGUGUGUUUGUUAACAAGGUGUUGUUUAACCUCCAAGUUCUCUGGCCAGUCUGAGGGAACUGGUCCUUGAUCGUUAACGUGAUUGGUGCGUGGUCGGACCACGUGAUGUCCCCUAUGGUAGUGUCUAGUAUCUUGAGAAGGGAGGUGGUUCUGACCAAGAACCUAUCAAUUCUGGAGUAGCUAUUGUGUACCGCUGUAUGACAUGUGUAAUCAGUUUCGUUGGGAUGUGUAAUUCUCCAAGGGUCAACGUAAUCAUGUGUUGCUAGGAUAUCGCAUAUGUUAUGUGAUUGUGUGAGCCGUUUCUUAGAGGUGUUGGGUGUUAUAGUAUGUGAGGCAGAGGAAUCUUUAAAACUAUCUAGAAGAAAGUUGGUAUCGCCUCCAAGUAUUACCUCCCCAAAGCUGUACAUAUUCAACAAGGCAAAUAUACGGUGCAAAAACAUUUCUUGGUUAGCGUUGGGUCCAUAUACAUUCAUUAAUGUGAAGGGGUUGUUGUUAAGGUGACACUGAAUGAUGAGAUAUCUACCUGUCUUAUCGCUAAUCUUACGGACCAUCUCAAAGGUGACGUUCUUGCUUAUUAAAAUAGAGACUCCUCUUUUUUUUGUGGAGCAGCAGGAGUGGUGGUCUAUUGGAAACCAGGGGGAGUUAAAUUCAGGCCGUGAACCCCAUUUAAAAUGGGUUUCUUGAAAGAAGGCUACCUGCGCCUUAAAUUUUUUGGCUUCUAAAAGUGCCAGUCUUCGCUUAUGGGGCGUGUUCAGCCCUUUGGCAUUGAGAGAAAGUACAGUGAUUGACAUCCUCACCACUAUAAUCAGGUGGGCAGGGAGGUAAAGGCUAUGCCGUGCUACUCAGCCCCUAGUGUCACCUUAUUUCGUCAAGUGCGUGGGUGGGAGUUGGAGGGGUGCGGUAGGGAUCAACGUAUAACAAUACAACUUAAACUAUAUACAAAACCCGUUAGCCGGGUGGCUUAGUGCAGAAAUCUGCCGACGGGUAAAGAAAUGGCUUACUAAGUAAGCCGAGUGGGGCUCUGUGGGUGCUGGUAGGUAUUACCUGUUACGGUUUUCCUAUGUUACCUAGUAUAAGAAAAAAAAAAAUUUGUUUUUUUUUUUUUUUGAUUAUAGUGCCCUGAGUUACCGGGCGCAACGCUAUACGUGUGCGUCCCUCUAUUGAUAUACCGUAUAGGUAAUAUUUCUUAACAGUACAAUUAAGUUUAGGAAAAAAGAAUAACAGUGCCAAUUAAGUAACGUAAACAGUACAGCGGUUCUCCGCCUGGGUGGGCUCUCGGCUGUGAGACACCUUGCAAGUGAGCACAGCUGCGAGGGUGCACCGGGGGGGAACUAGUUGUAUAGUUCUUGUGUGGGAUACAUAUCUGUACUCCAUCAGUGGUGUUCUACAUCCUUGGGCCUCGCUUGAUGGUAUGGCGUCUUCUGUGGUUCUGCCGCGUGCCAUGGGACAGGUCGGUAGUCUCGGGGUUGUUCUCUGGGUGAUGAGGGUGCUGGAGAACUGGCUACUUCAAGUCGAGCCAUUGGGAUGUUCCAUUCUUUGAGCAAUUUUGCGCCAUCUCUUGGGGUAAAGAUUACCAAAUCCACUCCAUUUCGUUUCAGUAGUAUCUUCGUGGGAUAUCCCCAUUUGUACGGGAUAGCAGCAUUCCUAAGCGCUGCGGUUACAGGUGCAAACGCUCGUCUCUUGGUCAUGGUUGCCGCUGACAGGUCAAUAAACAGUUUGAUAUCAGCAAACGGCUUUGGCAAUGAUGGGUUAGAUCUGGAUGCUUGCAUUAAGCGAUCUUUGACCUCAAAGUAAUGGAUUCUGGUGAUUACAUCUCUCGGUGUAGUUGGAGGUAAUUGCUUCGGCUUCGGUAAUCUGUGAGUGCGAUCUAAGCGCAGGUCUGAGGUUUCCAAUGCCGGAAUGAGCGCCUUGAACAGCUCUUUAACGAAUGUGGCCAGAUCUUGAGGGCCUACUGUUUCAGGGACACCUCGUAGCCGUAUGUUGUUUCUCCUGUCCCUGUCCUCGUUAUCAGCGAUUUUGCUCUCUAGGAAUUGUACCUUUCGCUGCAAUGUUGUGUGCGCUUCUGCCAGCUCAUUAUGGGCCUCUCUUAACCCCUCCGUUGCCUCCUCCAAGUGUGCUGUUCUGUCUCCCAGGGCCUGAAUGUCUGCCCUUACGUCCGCCGCCAUCUUGGAAAAAUCCGACCUCAGGUUAGUCUGGAGCGACUGUAGCAUGCUGCUCACCGAGGCAUCGGUGGCUAGGUGGUUGUUGGUGAUGCUAGGGGGGUCCAGGCUUUCUCCACUCUCGUGAUCCGAGGCGGAAUAGUGCGCUCCGUCGGCGCCAUCUUGGACGCCAUUGUUCCCCAUCAUGAGGUGGGAGUGCAGCGUCUUCUGUUUUAGUUUUUUGGAGGAUUUAGUGGUCAUGUCCUCCCCUGUUCCCUCGCCGGCUUAUGGGAGAUGUGGUGGGUGAGUAUCGCUGGUUUCCACGCUGUGUAAGCCCACGUAAUGGCGGAGCUCCCAAAUUAUGCGACUACUGCCAUGCGGAGUUAGGCCACGCCCCGUGAAUGUGUUUUUUAAAGAUGAACUCUGGUAAAUGCUAUUGAAGUAAAGUGAUUCAAGAAUAUUUGGGAUCUGUUUUGAAGUUUAGACCAGUAAAAGACCAACCCUAAAUUAAGCAUGUCCUUUUCUAACUUUUGCAUUUCUCAAUAAACAGGUCUGGGGACGAGCACAUCUAAGGAAGCUAAGGAAUACUUUGCAGAGAUGGAGAGACAUAGAAUUCCUUUUAAAUAUGAUGGCCCUAGAGAUGAUGCUGCGAUCACCUUGGUAACUAAUAGAAAAAUGUUAAUAUCUAAAUAGAACUACCUCUGCUGCUAAAUUAAAUUCAUUUAAAUGACCAUGCAAAACAGUUUGGUUCUAGUAACCUAAAUCUCACAUAAACUUAGUUCAAAAGUUAAUGUGAACUGUAAUUGAAAUAUAGAAGUCCCUUAGAGGUUUACACCAGUUGAAAGUUGUUGUUUUUUUUUUUUUUUGUUGUUUUUUUAGGGAAACACUGUUUUUAGUUGGAGUAGCCUUAAAAUUACAUUCCUGUCAUUUCACACCUGAAAUGAUCCACCCUCCAGUGUCACCACAUCCACUCACUGCAAGGAGUAAUGGGUGGAUUGGAGGGCGGCACAGAAGAGGGGCUGCUCUCAUUGGUAGUCUUUCAGCAUACAAUGCAUACUUUUGCUAAUGAUAUCGCCGAAGAUGGAGUUUACACCUCCAGCAGCAAAAGUGCAUUGUUUCCUACUGAAACACUGCGCAUGCAGACUCAGAGCACCAGUACCACUUCAAAUAACUUGUAGGUAUGGUGCUUGGUGUAACCCUUUAAGUAUCAAUUGCAAUAAUUCUGUCCUAACAAACCAGCCUUUGAAGUUCAUAUAUCUGAAUAGUUUAACCGUGGUGAUAGCACCGUAUAUAGCAGCAUGUGCACAAUUAGUAGGGUUUUUCAUACUGGUCUUUAGGGACCAUUAAUAGAUUACGUAGCUUUAUUUUAACCUCACGCAAUCUUUAUUGCAGAAAAAGAGCACUGCAUGGCUAAUCUUUUUUUGUGUUUGUCUGUUUGUUUCUAGGCCUUUAGCCGAAAGAAAGUGGAGGACCGUAAGGAGUGGUUGACCAAUUUUAUGCAAGACAGGAGGGAGAGGAGACUGCAUGGUCUUCCAGAGGUGAGAUUAUUUAAUAUACCAACAUUUCCAAUGAUGUUUAAGGGAUUUGAUUUGGAAUAUGGUUACGUUGGUGUAAGAGAAAAAAAUAAACAUUUUCUUGAUAUUUUUCCUGUAAACAUUAUUUAUUACUAAGAAAUGUGGUUUUUGUUUUCCAGGAAUUUUUGUAUGGAAAAUCCACUAAGCACUUGACCUACAAUGACUUCAUUAACAAAGAGUUGAUUCUCUUCUCAAAUUCAGACAAUGAGCGAUCCAUACCAUCGCUGGUUGAUGGUAAGGAUAUUCUUUGAUGUUUCAUACAAGUCCAGCAAAUUAUGUAUUGAGAAUUAAACAGUGUUCUUUAGCCGUUUGCAACAUGACAAAACAGUCAAAAUGUGUCAGCCAUUUCCAUUUGUCAGAGUAAUUUGUAAACGGGUCAUUCAGAGGGAGCGCUUAGUAUCAAGGAAGGCAAACCAGUACUGGUAAUUCUCAUGUGUAUUAGAAUGUUAACCUUGUGGUUGGGACCACUGAACUCCUGUAUUGAAGGCAAAAAGCAGGAACCAAAUAUAGAAAUUGAUUGAUCACUUUAGUGCAAGCCACACCAUUGUUCAGUUGGUAUUCAGGUUGACAGUUAUUGUACUUGCAGGCUUCUUAGCAGUUGGCCCUGACUGCUGAUCACUUCCAUCAUUGCUUUGGACCCUUUAAAUGGUGCUACAUAUGUGGGAACUGGCAUGUUUUUUGGUAUUGGCAUAUGAAUCUUGAGUGCCUGCUUGAUUUUUAAUUUUUGUUCAAGGCCCAUGGUCGGCUAACUCUGGUAUUAUACGAACAGCUUAGCCAAACAUUUGAACAGAUUCCUCUGACCCUCCGCCGAACUCCUGUAUAUCAAAUGCUAGAAUAUACAUUAAAAGGCUGUAGAACAUGCAUAUUGAGGCUGCAAACAUUAGGCUUCCAUAUGGUGCUGCAAUACAGGAGUACUGCAAGUGGAUAAAAUAGUCUUCACUUUCAAAACAGUUAUGGUAUUCACACAAGCUAGAUUAAUUUGACCAUUGAUUUAAGGUUUAUAUCUAAGAGAAUGCACACUGCAGUAAAACAAUAGAAUAUUGGAUUUUUAAUUAUCUGCUACAAUGGGCACAGGGGUAAGUUUGUGCCUCUGAAAAAACGGGUUGUGUUCAUUAAUCUAUUAUUCUUCCGAAAAGGUCUUAAGCCUGGGCAGAGGAAGGUCUUAUUCACCUGCUUUAAAAGAAAUGACAAGAGGGAGGUGAAGGUGGCCCAGCUGGCUGGAUCUGUAGCAGAGAUGUCUGCGUACCAUCACGGUGAGGUAAGAAUUAUUCUGCCCAAAACACAAACUGUAAUCUGGCAAAAUACCCUGUGAAAGCAGUGUGGUGUUUGUUUUAAAUUAUUGGAAAAUAGUCAUGCUCAUUAUACGUAGUAAAAAAAAUAAAAAAUAGUACAUCAGAAUGAAAUAACAUACAAUAACGUACUUAUGUCCCACAUACAUGUGAACAUGUUGCAUGAUGAAAAUACUUCAGUGCCCAUACACGAUGGAUAUAGCAUCCCUUUCUAAAGUGAAGGAGAUUCACAAAUGUCCCCACUAACUAAUGUAGCCAAGGUUGCCAAAUGUUAAUAGAAUUCUAUCUUAGGCUUAAGCCUCAACAAUGUAUUGGAUGGUUUCCAAAACACUGGAAUUAAGCUGAGGAAAGCUGCAUCAGAAGAAUAUUCUUAAAUUAUUAUUUAUUUUUCCCUAAAGGUAGGUACCCUGCCCAAUCUAAUUUGUGUGGACUUUAGAGGUUCUGCUAACGGCGUUCUGAUAUUUAAAUCCAGUAUUUCUUUAAAAAAUAACAGGAUAAGCAUUCACUUUUUGGGGAUAUUCGAUACAUGUUGAGCAUACACCUGGUUGCCAUUGUGUUCUACAUAUACGUCUUGAAAAAUCUUGGGUGCCAUGAUUCACUCUUUUAAAGAAUACACGUUGGCUAUUUGAGAAUGCUGUCGCAUGGCGCAAUUAGUUAAAAUUGUAUGGGUAAAGUGGACCUUUUUAUCCAAACUCCUGUCUUAUGUGAUCUAUCUUGGACUGAUAAUGCCUUGUUGUUUUCGGUACACUCAAGACUGCAAGUGACUUUAUUUUGACCAUCUUUAGUGACUCUCAUUUUUGUAUGACGGUUAUGACGCACUUGCAUAGACAGUGUGAAGCCUCUUCCCAAUUCAGGAAGAAACUCCACAAAUUAAAAGCCUCUCAUACUUGUCUACACUGCUGUGUUUAUAAGCAACUUGCAAUAUAACCUUUUUAAUGGGCAUUAGUUGUCAUGAUACUUAUGAUUCCUUUUUAUGAAAAUGGAUUUAGAUCCCCCUGAAUGAGACUCGCGUUCAUUGUGGCAAACUAGGAGACUGUGACAUAUCCGGAAUAAGGCAAAAGAAUAACUAAAUAUUACAAAUGAAUACACCACAUGCAGGGUUUAUGGUUUAUUUAUUUUUUAUUUUUUUGUAAAACGUCUCAAGUCACAGGUCCAUUAUAAAAUUUAACAUGUGAAAUGCAUAUUUAAAACUGUAAGUGAGCUCUGAUGUGCCAUGUUCUUACCCACCUGUCCUGAUACAUUUACAGACCUCCUUGAUGAUGACAAUUAUUAAUUUGGCACAAAACUUCGUGGGAAGCAACAACAUCAAUCUUCUGCAGCCCAUUGGACAGUUUGGUACCAGACUGCAUGGUGGUAAAGAUGCGGCCAGCCCUCGAUACAUCUUCACCAUGCUCAGGUGCGUUAUCCAUCAUUUGAAACUCUCCUGUGCGUGUUGCCAAAUAACUAAGCAGUUUUCAGCCAGCAAUGGGCACAGUCCGCACUCAAACUACUCUGGAGUAGAGUUAUCUUGGAGUUUAGACAGCCAUUUUGGCAAAGAUUUCCUCCCCCAUCUUUAUAAACUGUUGGAGUUUUGACCAUUCAGAUAUUGAGUGAUGCAAAACGUGCAAAUGUUAUGCUAUCUUCUAAUAAUGUAUUGCACAAGAACCUCAGAGGGAGAAAAUGUACGGAUUGAGUCUUCCAAUUAGGAAAUGUGUUGUGAAAUGGUUGUCUAAAUGUCACUGAAAACUUGCAAAGGAUAUACGGUGUGCAUGUUUGACUAAGGAUUGUCUUAAAAAUCUACCUGAACAUAAAAUUUAUGAGAAUAUUCUAGAGCAGGGUACAAAAUUCCCAUUAGCCAAUGGCAAGUGAAGAUUUUAACUCUGGGCUUACUGUGGUGAGUAACUUCUAAGGCCUGGCUAGUAGCAGAGUACUUGAAAUUUUAAGUCAUGUGCUAUAAGAUUGGAAUGUUAUUUAUCUGUAAUGAUCCUUGAGAUGUGUCUUGGAAUUGUGCUGAAAAGGCAAUUAGUGCUUAAUAUUUCAGGGUUUUACACUGUCUCCCUAAAUAAAAAAUGUACUCCGAAUAUCAUCACUGGAAGUACCACUUCGUGUGAUACUUUAGAUUAGUUAGAAAUCUUUUCAGUUUUGACAGAUGACAGAACUGUGAUGACUUAAAAUGAUAGCGUAAUAUAUGCUUUCCUGUCUUUACAGCACGUUGGCACGUCUCCUAUUCCCACCAAUGGAUGACAGUGUUCUAAAGUUCAUUUAUGAUGACAAUCAGAAGGUUGAGCCGGAGUGGUACAUUCCCAUUAUACCUACUGUGCUGGUAAAUGGUGCUGAGGGCAUUGGCACUGGCUGGUCCUGCAGAAUCCCAAACUAUGAUGUACGAGAGAUUGUAAACAACAUUCGCCGUAUGCUGGAAGGCGAAGAACCACAGCCAAUGGUAAACGUCUUGCCUCCACCCUUCCACUCUGCUGCCAUGUCACUUUCUAUACAUCAUUGGGCAGAUGUAUUAGAGCAAGGCCUGACAAAUUUCCCUAGAAUAAAGGACACAAUCCUACAUGGGUUGUUUUUUUUUUUUUUUUUAGGCCUUUUAAAAAGAAAUGUAAUUACAUCUACAAACAGUUUUAGAUUUGUUUAUGGAAAUGUUGUGCCUUUUUUUGUUAUAGCUUCCCAGUUACAAGAAUUUCAAAGGGCUCAUUCAAGAGGUUGGUCAGAAUCAGUUUAUCUUGAAUGGUGAAAUUUCUGUGCUGGAUUCCACUACUAUUGAAAUCAGUGAACUCCCUAUCAGAACAUGGACCCAGGUAAGUUAUUGCUCAUUAUAAACUUGUCUCUGAUUCUGUUGUAUCUGUUAAUCUUAUUGUGUUGCUCAUCUUUUUCAUACUAUAUAACAUUUUACAAAAGCUUGUUUCACGCCUUUGCAUAUUCCUUUAUUUAUUGUCUGUCUUCAGUUGCCUUGUGUUGCCCAAUCCAAAUUAAACACUAUUUUAAUUGGUCUCUUAGACUUAUGUGGUUUUUUUUUUUCUGAAACCUAGAAUUACAAAGAAGCGGUUUUGGAGCCGAUGUUGAACGGAUCAGAUAAAACUCCCCCACUAAUUACAGACUAUAAAGAGUACCACACCGAUACCACUGUGAGGUUCGUUGUCAAAAUGACGCCGGAGAAGUUGGCAGAGGCUGAAGCAGCAGGUCUGCAUAAAGUCUUUAAACUUCAAAACCCUCUCACCUGUAACUCCAUGGUAAGUGGUCUAUCUUUACCGCAUGUGGUUUGUCUUCUCUGCUAUUGAUGUCGUUUCUUCCAUUCCACAAUCUUCAGUUUACACCAUUUGUUUGAUACAUGAACACUCCAAGCACCAUACAUAUGUGGCUAUGAGUGCCUUGGCGCUGUCACACUGUGUGGUCAAAUAAAUUUAGUACUGUUUGACAGCUUACCUGGGUCCCACAAAGUGGCCGCAGCUCCCUUUUCUGCUUUUCUCCUUAAGACUCUGGUUAGCUUUAGAGUCAACUGAAUGAUCUCUUAACCAUAGUACUAUAACCACUUCAGUAGGACACUAACUCGCAGGAUUCUGCGCCAACCUGUUAGAUUCAAUUUGUGGUUAAAACUCACAGCAUUGGGGCUUAUAGAAGAAAUUGUUGCUCUCAAAUGUUAAAGGGACUCUCCAGUGCCAGGGGGGAAAAACCUUUUCCUGGCACUACAGGUCACCUCACUCCCCAUCCCAAGCUGCUGGAGGGUUUAACCCCUUCAGUGACUUACCUGUAUCCAGCGUCGAUGUCCCUCAGCGCUGGGUCAGGGUCCGCCCACUUCAACAGUCAAUAUGCAUAUUUCAUAAAGAUUCUUUGUGCUACUAAUUUUUGCUGUGGGGAUGACUGUGCCAGUUUUAUAGUGGGGGGGAGGAAGCAUAGUGAAGCAUAGUAAAACAUCUAUUAAAGCACUUACAAGGGACCCAUCCUCAGACUGGUACUGCUAGAGCGUUUUUAGUUCCAGAUACACUGAUACGGUCCUGAGAAAGCAACUCAGGGCAUCCUAAAUUGGAAAAGCUAGCCUGGUGCUCAGUCACAAGAUUCUCUGCUCAUUUAUUAGUUUUAGUUGUUAGUUGUUUUGCAAUGCUUCAUGCUUGCUUUUACCCAAUUCCCGGUUCUCCUAACACUGGUUUAGAUCUAGCUUGCAUAGUGAUUUGGUAAAAGUCUUGAUCUGGUUUUUGGUUCUUUAAGUCAAGUAACCACAACCUUUUGCUUUAGGUACUCUUUGACCAUGUGGGUUGCCUAAGGAAAUAUGAAACUGUAAUGGACAUUUUGAAGGAAUUCUACGAGUUGCGGCUUCGCUAUUACGGAUUGAGGAAGGAUUGGCUAGUGGGCAUGUUAACCGCUGAGGCCUCCAAACUUACCAACCAAGCUCGCUUCAUUCUUGAAAAGAUCGAGGGCAAAAUCGUAAUCGGUAAGAAAAUGCUAAACUUUGCAAUAUAGCUUCAAAUGGUCGAUUCGGGGCCUGUGCUAACUUGCCAAUGUUGUAUUGUUAUCUAGAAAAUAAGCCCAAGAAAGAACUCAUUCAGAUACUGAUCCAAAGAGGAUAUGACUCUGACCCCGUCAAGGCUUGGAAGGCCACUCAAGAGAAGGUAUUUUAUAUUAUAGUUUUAAAUUAAUUACAUUUAAUUAGUUAAGUGUUCAAAGAAGUUAUUAUAGAAGGUCAGGAAACAGAUCUUUAGCAAAGAAAGGUCUCCUCAACUUUGUUUUCCCUUCAAGGAACAAACGGGAGAGUUGAUUGAGGAGAAUGAGGAAGAAAAUACAGAUGAGAAAUCUUCAGGGCCAGACUUUAAUUACCUCCUCAACAUGCCUCUGUGGUUCCUGACCAAAGAGAAGAAGGAUGAGCUUUGCAAGCAAAGAGAUACAAAGGUACACAUUAUGAAGCAUAUGUUCCCUAUCCAGGAUAUCUGAACUGUGUGUGUUCUAAGUCUGCACACUUUGAGGAAUGCCAUCCUCAAUAAUGGUGUUAUCUGUGAUCUCUCUGUAGGUUACUGAGCUCCAAAACCUAAAAAAGAAAUCUCCUCCUGACUUGUGGAAGGAUGAUCUUGCUGCCUUCGUUGAAGAAUUGAAUGUAAGUAAUACUGAGCCAAAACCAUGCUUCCCAUUGUUGUCCAGCACUUGAGCACUCUGGUGUUAAGAUGAGGUGUUUAGGUGUGCCAGAAUUCUUGGGAUUUAUUAGCAAAACUAUCAGGGCUUCUGCAGAGUUCUUCAUGAAAUGUUUUCGCACAAACUUGUCUAUCUUUGGGCUUUUGCUUUUGUGUCCCAAAUUGUGACUUGCCUAUUAGUUUGGGGGAAUGGUAUGAUAUCCUGGCAAAUCCGGCAUAUCUUAAACAUGUUCUCUCCAUCAGACUUCACGUCAUUAGGCACUUAUUUUUGUGUAUUUUUCUUAAUACCAUUUAGACCAGUUUCCAUUUAACAUAUCUGCUUUAAUGUGGCUUCUGUGUCUUGCUUUUGGGAAAAAUAAAGACAAGACUUCCUUGGAUUUGACAUGCAAUAGUCUUCACAUUCAAUGUUCAAUGCUUCUAUUCAAGCGAAUACAUUUCAUUCAGGUGCUUUUCAAAGUAAGGCCAAAGUAGCCAAACUGGUAACCAAGCUAAAUGUUUUUUUUUUUUUUUUUUUAGUUUGGCUUUUUGGGCCUUACAUUUGAAAUUCACUUUGCACUUUGAAUCCGUGGUAAAUUCCCCUUUAAGGAGUAACCUUGACUCUGCCAAAGUUGUUGUUGUUGUUGUUUUUAAGCGGUUAUUGUAUUUUGCAUUGAAUACUCUAGGUCCCAGGGAACGUGCAAAAUUUUUUUAAUUGUGAUAUUUUUACCCUUUAAGGGUCAUUCAACACAAUAUAUAGCUUUCCAUUCUUUCAUAGCAUUACUGCUUGUAACUGGAUGCACUAUACAAUAGACUGUCACUCAUGGAUUUUUUUAUCUUAACAGAUUGUUGAAGCCAAGGAAAGGGAAGAUGAACAAGUUACCAAAACUGGUAAAGUGGUAAAGGGCAAAAGUGGAAGAACCCAAGUUAAAAAGAUGCAGUUGGAGGAGGUCCUCCCCUCUCCUCAUGGAAGAAGGGUUAUUCCAAGGAUCACAACCGCAAUGAAAGCCGAAGCCUCAAAGAAAACUAAAAAGCGAAUAAAGGUAAAGCCUUUGCCUACACUAAAUUAUACAUCUUAUAAUUAACUUUAAUACUUUAAAUCAGUAGAAUUAAGAUGUUUAAAAACAGUUCCCAUAGUGUAUCCAUUUUUUAGUAUAAACUCUCAAUGUAGAAUAUAACCUCACAGAGCCACUGCCAUCACUUUUUGUCAGUUGUCCCCAGCUGUCACUAGUGACAGCUGUGAGGGGAAAAGGAAUUAUCUAUAGAGGAUCCUGCAGGUUCCUCCAAAGACAUCAGUGUUGUACUCUCCCGCAUGUACAAGCACUGACAUGGACUCCUGGGAGACCAAUAGCUGAAGUUCCCCCAGAUGGCUAUGGCGGCCAGCUUCAGGUAAGUCACCUGAAGUAACAUAUAAUCCAUGGUAUAUAUUUUUUUUUUCUUCAUGAGAGGUGGCCCCACAAUUUUAGUGUAGCAGCAUGUGCAGAAAAUAGUUUCACAUUGUCUUCGAGUGUCUCUUACUACUAAAAAGCACUAGUUUUGUUAAUAAGCUCCAAAGCAAGUUUUCACCCUUGCAAUGUACUCAACCAUCAUUUUCCACUAUCAUGAUAUGCCCACAAUUUCCUCCAAGGGAAUGUAGGGCUUUGAGUUACAGGGAAUUAAACUAAACACAGACGGCUUCACUGGAACGGGUCUGUAUCUAUUAAUCACUUUCCCUGCAUUAAAAAUUUUCUGCGUGCUAUCAAAAGUUGAUAAAUGCAUGAGGGGAGCUGAUCCUAACUGCUCCUAUCUUGUAUUUGCCAAUGAUCACAACACAGGUAAAGAUGCAGACCGAAACCAAAAUGCGUUUUUGUUCUUGUGACGAGAUUUGUCCUUUGUGACCAUGCUAUUCCCCUUUGGCAUUUGAAGGUACACUUAAAGCACCAAUACAACUUUAAUGCAUAGUAUUUAUUUAUUUAUUUUGCAUGCACAAACACAACGUUAUAAGACUGGCUAAUACUAUUAAAAAAAAACACGUUAAUGAAUUCAAAACCUUAUUAACCUCCGGUGCAUUAAAGUUGUGUCACUGCCUGUAGUGUCCCUUUGAAGGUUUCAAACCAUUUAAAAACUAAUGAAGUUGUGUUUUUACUAGUCUGAAGACAUUGCAAAGAGAAUGGAGUUUGGAGAUGAGGAAGGUGACACUAUGGACUCUCCAGAAAACAGCCCAGAAAGUCUAAGUCUGGCUGAGAGAUUGUCCAAGAAAACCAAAGCGGAGCCAGGUAAAUUUAUUUAUUUGACCUUAUCCCACUUGGAGUGGAAGCAACAUAUGUUUUGUUCACACGGUCUUGUUUUAUAAUAGGUACCAUGGCAACAAAGGGGAAGAAGCAGGCGACCUUAAACUUCAAGCCAGUGAAGAAGGAACCUAAAAUAAUGUCACAGUCUGAUGGUGAAUCAGAUGAAGAGAUAGUGCCACGUGCAAUCCAGCCCCGUCGUGCGGCUGGUAAGUAGUUUAUCGUGGCAUAUGUUUUAGCCUUUCGUUAAGUAUAAGUUCACUCUGCAUACUUCCUGGCGAAUUAGACUCAACCUGAGUCUUUAAUAUUAAUUUAAAAUCGUUCUGGAAGGUUUGUGAUGAAUAUGGUUUAAUUGUGGUUGAAAAUGUUUUUGCGUUGUCCUAGGUUCAUAUCAUUUUAAAGGGACACCCUGGGCACAAAUCACAAAUAAUCAUGCACCCUGAUUUCUCUUAUAGCAAAUGUUAAAUACAGUCUCUCUGACGAGGAUGAAAAUGACAAGUCGGAUGAGAGCGAUUUUGAGCAUGCUGUACAUGUUAGCUCUCACUCUGAUUCAGAAGAUUCCUUUGUGAUUGCCAAACCUGCUCGAAAACCCAGAGCUGCCCCCAAGUGAGUGAUUUUACUGAAAGCCUUAAACAUGUUAACCAUAUUUCAAACAUGCUUCUCUAAUUCAAAUGCAGCACCCAUAGAUGAACAAGCAAGUUUAAAAUAUUUAAAGCGAGUCUCCAGGCACCAUCACACAUAAUCCAUGCAUUUACAAAAAUAGCUUCAACUGCAUUCCCCUCCACUGCACAUGAAGUUACUUAUUAUAUGGCCUAGCUGGGCAUGGUUAUAUAGGCAUUUUACAUGUUUCCAUUCAAUGCAAUGGACCCAGAUUCAGCAACAUCUUGGAGUUGGCAGACUUGGGGUGACUUGAGACAAAUAAACAUUCAGAUGUGUGUUGAUUUGUGUUGUUGUUUUUUUUCGUAGCAUAGUAACUUUUUAUAUUGUUAAACCUGUCCUAACUUUUAUUUUUAUUUAAUAGGAAAGCUGAAAAGGCUAAAAAACCUACGAGUCCAGAGGAUGUACCUGCUCCUCUUGAGAAAAGUAAGUUUUUAAAAAUUAAAACCUAUCCUAGACUGUUGCAACCAUGAACAUCCCAUAAGACUUUGCCAGUCUUAAAGUGAAACUGUUACAUCCUGUGAAGUGAUUCUCUUGUUUCUCCACGCCAGUAAGCUCUACUGCAGUAAUUACUAGUGCAUGGUUUCCCAAUUAAAUUUUUCCUGUGGAACACUUUGACAUAGUGCAUCAAACCCCCCCUCCGCCCCCACAAAAAAAAAUUGACGCUAUUACAUAAACAUCUGUUUUUUUUCUUUUUUUGAACACACACAGCAUCUGUAUUUUUCUGUGUGUAUCUUUGUAUGUGCCGGUAUCGGUGUGUAUGUAUCUGACACACACACACACAAAGUGACACACAGAUACACACACUUUGACACUCUGUGUGUCAAGGUUUCUGUGUGCUGGUGUCUGCAUGUAUCUGACACACACACACACACACACACACACUUUGACACAGUGUGUAUCUGUGUUUGUAUGUGCCGAUGUGUGUCAAGGUGUAUGUAUCUGUAUGUGCCAGUGCCAACAAAACAUAUUAAACCGAAUUCAAAUUUUUCAUAUAUAUAUAUUUUUUUUUUCUCUAUCAGCAGCAAGUGCCAUAGCGCUGUACAAAUGCUAAUAUGCAGAGCGUUUUUGAGAUUUUAUCUAAACACUAUUGUGCCCCAUUUUACUUUGGUUAAGAGAGAGCCUUAUCAGAUCAUUUAUGUUUGAAAUUUAAUCUUUCAAAUAAUAUAACCAAAUUAGGGGCAGAAAUGCAUGUGAAACCAGCAUAUCCUUUCAUACAACUCCUAAUGAAUUCUCAAAUAGUCUGGCGGGGCCAGGGUUGUGAAUUGUACAUCUUGGAUUGCCAGUAAUUUGUGCCACUUGUAUUCUAGCUCAACCUGUUGCUCCAACGAUAACACUUGAUAGUGAUGACGAGGAGCCACCCAAACCCAUUGUUUCUGUUCCGUCCGCCCCGGUUGCUGCUGCAGAGAAGCCCGCACCCAAAAAACGGGUUAAGAAGGCAGUACCUGCAGCAUCUAAGAAAGGUAAGCUGCUGCUGAUAGUUAUUGUAUGGAGAGAGAAAAGAGUAUGGAGUGUAGUUGAAGUAUUUAGGUGAUUGAAUGGAUUGCAGUUGUGUGCGUUCCCCUCUUUCCUACAGAAUUAAUUCGUCAUCCAAGAAAAGUUUUUAGUAAUUGUCAUCACUGAUACAGUGCUGCUAUUUUGCAUUAUUUUAUAAACAAAUUUUAAAUGAUAUUUAGGGCCGCAUAUAGGCCAAAGCUUGCAAACAUACGAGUACUGUUUAGUCAGUAGCAGUUAUUUGUCAUUAUUUUCAGUGUCUCUAAUUUUGGAUGGUUGUAUGGAAUGUGUGCAAGGAUGCUUUCACAUUAGAAUGGUUCUGUCACUUUCAAGGGUAUUUGUGUUUGUUGUGUAACAGCUCAGAGGAGAAGCUGAAGGUGGAUAUAUUUACCUGAAGCUCUCCCUAGGUUGCAAUUUCUCCCCCAAUGCCUUGUGCACCAGGAGUUACGUCACUGUCAUACCAUCACACUUGAAUGCAAGUACAACAAAGAUGCUGAUGAAUGUUCAAUAAGAACCUUUAUCCCCACAGCAGUUACUAGCAACAGCUGCUGUGAAACUACAAAAUGUCAUGCGGCAGGCUCUUUCUUCUCAAUUUUUUAAUUUUUUUUUUUUUUUUUUUUUUACUUUUGACUUGUUUUUUAAACUUGAUUGUGUUAGGUUUUCAGUGAAAUUCCAACACCGUCAAUAGAAUAUAUCUUUAUUAAACAUUCAGAAUCGUUUUAUUUCUUCUUAGACAAAUUUCUUCUUGCGUAGAAAGGGUUUUGACGUGUCCAUUUUUUUUUUUUUCUAGAUAAUCAGCCUUCCAUUUUGGAAGCACUUUCAAAACCAAAGAAAACCAAAUCCACGGCAACAAAGAAAAUCACUUCUGGUUCCGAUGACGACUUCCCAGCAGUGAAGAAGGCAGCAAAACCAACAAAGUCCCGCAAGAGAAAGAACUCCGAGACAGAGGACUCCGACUCUGAUUUUGGUGCAUUGAAGAAAUCCACAGCACUAAAGGUAAGAUCCUGCCUUGCUCGUUUUGUAUGGUAUAGAUGUAAGUAUAUGGAUCUGGCUGAAUCACUCUAAUUAUUGGCUUUAUCCAAUGAAACAUUCUUUAACUGUUUAAACUACAUCUCAAGUAAGUCUUAUCCAGUUAUGCAAUUUGCAAAACACCUUUCGGUCUAGGGUGGCACAAAAGUAAGAUACCGCAGCAAUAAAGAUCGUAAAGAAUCAAGUGAGUGUUAAAUCGGCAAUGACUGGAAGCGGAACCUGAUUUAGUAAUUUUUGGCCAGUUGCAUCAAUCUCCUUCAGGUUAACAGUGAUAAAACACCAACUCCUUCUAAUGCUUGGAAUUGUGUGCUCAAGAAGACGGGUUACUCUUUGAGAGAGAAUUUGCAAAUCAGUAGUUUUUAAUAUUUAACCUACAGUUCUGCUUUUUGAAGUAAAAUCUGGAAAUAAGACAAUGAUUGCUGUGUUUUCCUCUGCUUUAGUUUUGACCUUCUUUCCUGUUUAUAAGUGAUUGUUACAAAUUAAAAUAAGCAAAGUCAAAUGUGUUUGGAUUACAUUAAAAUGUUUUGGUUUUUUUUGUUUUUUUCCCCCUCAUUUUAGAAACGAAAACCUGCAGAUGACGAAAGCUUUAAUGUGCCCAUUAUGUCAGAUUCAGAUGGAGGAGAAAUUGUUCCACGUGUGCGUCCGGGGCGAGCAAAGAAAACCAUCAAAUAUGUAGAAGACUCAGACGAUGACAUGUUAUAACUUUUUUUUAUUAUUUAUUUAAUUUUAAAUUGCACGAAACCCUUGCGAAAAUGUCUGAUUUCCGAGUGACCCACAUUGCAUGUAGUCUAUUUGAACCAGGAAUAUGGCAGCUAUAAAACUUGUUGUUAAAAAAAAAUAAAAAAAAUACUUUUGUUAGUUGCAGGUAGAUUAUGAUUUAAAACCACGUAUUUGCUAGGUCUUCAUUUUUAGACUACAGUUCCCAUAAUUCUGUCCGUGCUGCUGGAAUUGUUGUCCAGUCACCAGACAGCCACAGUUGGACCAGCCUAGUUUUAGAUGCACAGGUUUUGUAGAAUGACCGAUUUGCUUAUACACACACUCUUGUACUGGUGGGUUUUAUUAUAGCUGUGUAGUUGUAAAAAUAUUUUAAAUACUUGCUUGUAAUACUGAAAAGUGUAAUAUCUCAACUUGUAUGAACUACUCUCCCCCCUCCCCCCUGAUUUUACUGUACUCCAGAGCUUAUCAAGCCUCUAGUCUUUUGUUAAACUGAACUUAGGUUGAAACUUUGCAUGCAGUUUGGACACAAUGGUCUGUACUGUGACAUGCAGCUUCUGCGUAUCAAUCAUUUGUGACUGCCUACACAUACGCACUUGCCAUAUAUUUCUAUGUUUGUCUGUCUGUAUAUAUGUUCUUGUAAUGUCUCCUAUUUUUGUCCAUUUUCUUACACCUUUCUAAUAAAAAAAAAAAAAUAAUAAUUUGC